CAAAUAUCAUAUUCAGUUAAAUCUCUUGAAGUUUAGAGGUCAAAAGGUCAAUCUGGAUGUCUUUUUAGACUCUAAUCCAAGAUGUCGGGACAUGCUGAUAACUACAACGCAUUUUCGGGCGGCGCAGGAAAUUAUUCGAGGGGACGUGAUCGUGACAAUGACUUCGGAAGGGGCGGUGGGGGUUUUGGAGGUGGUGGUUUCGGUGGGGGUGGGGGAUACGGUGGGGGAGGGGGUUACGGAGGCGGUGGGGGAAGGCCACAGAAGCCGAUGCCCACUGAGCCCCCCUACACCGCAUAUGUAGGCAACCUACCCAACGACUGCUUGCAAGGAGAUCUGGAGACAAUCUUCUCAAGUUUGUCGGAGAAGAUUAAAGUUAUACGCCUGGUUCGUGAUAGGGACACAGACACGUUUAAAGGGUACAGUUAUGUAGAAUUUGAUGACCAGGAGGCGCUGAAGGAAGCACUUCAGUACAACGGUGCUGUUUUUGAAGGCAAGCAAUUGAAGGUUGAUAUUGCUGAUGGCAAGAAACCAAGAGAUGGCGGGCGGGGAGGUUUUGGUAGAGGUGGGCGGGGCAGAGGCGGCCCUAGUAGAGGGGGAUUCAGGGACGAAGGCAACGACUUCAGAAGGGGCGACAGGGGACCCCCACGGGGGGACGACGGGUACCAGGGUGGGGGAGGCAGUAGGGCACGCGAUGACUACGGGCCGUCGAGAGGAUCCCGAGGGGGUGGCUACCGAGACAGAGGGGGGUACGACAGAGGGGGGUUCGAACGCACUGGCAGGCCAGACGACUUCAGAGAGCCCGACCCUGCUGAUUCGGCAGGACGGCCGAAGCUCAAACUCCAGAAGCGAACCGUCAAGGAGCCCGUCAAUCAACUGGCGGACGCCAUGCAGCGCAGCUCCAUCUUCGGUCAAGGGAAACCGCGGGAGGAAGGCAAGCCAAAAACGGACAAGGACGGGCCACGGGAAAGCGCUGAUUGAAAGAAAGCAAAGAAAAAAAAAGGCAGCUCGUUUCAAAAGCGUCUGUAAUUUGUACCAAAUUAUUCGUAAAGAAUUUGUUCAAAGUGUCCCCGGCAUUAUUUCAGCACCGGAGGAAGACGGUUUAACUUAAAAAAAAAAAUUAAUCAACAUUGUUAUGUGCCCUUUGUAUAUAAAAAAACAGUUUUGUCCUUAAAAAAUAUUUUGAGAAUUUUCUUCAUCGAUAGCAAAUUGAGAUUUGUAUAAAAGGGCUACACUUCUAGUGUGAGGAAACUCCCCUAGUCAAUCAAAUCGCAAAGGUGGCUUUUAUGUUUAGAUUUCAAAAACAGAACGUGAUAUUUUGUCGUUUGUGUCCGGUUCAGUAGUGUUGGAUCGUGUUGCUCGGUUUAAAUAUAGUUUCAGCGAUGGCAUUAUUUUUACUGUGUGUUACGUUCCUUUUAAACCAAAAAAGGUGUAAAAUGCAACUGAAAUGAUUUGGACGUACCGUUUAAGGUCUGAUAUGAAAAUUGUUAUUUUUUUAUAAAGACCUUUAAAAAAAAAUGCAGUUGCGAUUAAAAAACAAAUUUCCAGUGAGACUGUCUUACUCCCCAUUAAAUUCCUACUUCAAAAGUUUUCUCGUGAACUUGUGACUAGAAAUGUAAAUUUUAUUCCAAAACGAUUGCAUGACUUUUUCUUGUAAUCCUCCAUUUAAGUGUGCAUCCCAAACUAACCCCUUUUUUUCUGAAAGGCUCUUUUGUUAUUUUUUUCUGCAUGGCUAACAUCGAGUCAUUUUUUUUUCAAGUUAAUGACGCAAACUAUGCUGUUUAGCUUUUGAAAAAAAAAAUUUUUUUAAUUUUUUUUUAUUAAAGGGACUCUCAUGUUGACAUUUCUUUGGUUUGCAAAGGAAUAAAUAAGAAAUAAGAAAACUUCAUAGAUGUCUUCAAUUAUUUCCACACCGAGCUGGAAAUUAACUUUUUUUUUCACGGCGUUCACCAAUUCCAACAUUCUUGUAAAUCGUUUGGUUUCAUCUUGUAAAACUCAACAGCAGGAUUUUGAAAUCUUUGGAUGCCGUUCUAAAUUUGUUUCUCCCAUUUAUCCUUUAAAAUUUCAUUUCGGCGGGCGUCUCGAAAAGGAACUCUUUAACACACUGUUGGUAUAAAUAAACACCCGUUAGUAGAAUGUAGCUAGCAAUAUUUCUUAAUUGUCUUUUAAAUUAAGCGUUCUCUUUAUAAACAUCCUUCGAAAAAAAAAAGAUAAAAAAAAAGUAAAUGGACUAUUAGAAGCUGCUCCACCUUGUAUUAUAUGCUGAUAAUAAUUAGCAGUCAAAAGGCAAGAGUAGGAUUUCCGUAUGUACAAAAUGGACUUGAUGCCAUACAAUAAAAUGUUUUCAAAGUAAACGGUGA